CUUUGAUCAACAGCAGAGUGAGUUUUCAGUUUGCUUUCAGUUUGUCCAGAGAAACUAUUUUGGAAAGUUAUAAAGAAAUCAUUUAGCAAAGACUUGGUGAUUUUAUAUCGAGGAAGAUGGAGCUUUUUGCUGUGUUUUUGUUCCUCCUUUGUGCCUCUCAGGAUUCUUUGGCUGUGACAGUGGAGGUUCAGGAGGGAGAACCGUCUGUCGUUCUGCCCUGCCACAUCAGCAAGAGAUUAGAAGAGAUUGUUACAGUGAAAUGGAGCCGCUUUGAUCUCAAUCCCAAUAAUGUCCAUCAACAGCGAGAAGCUGACGACCUACAUGGACAAAAUCAGGUUUUCAGAGGAAGAACUUCAAUGAUGCCUGAUGCUCUGGACUCUGGUGACUUCAGCCUCACUCUGAGAAAGCCUCAACUUUUAGACAGCGGCAUCUACAUCUGCAGCAUGACUGAGAAUCAAGAGGAAACAGCUCUGUCUGGUGUUCAGCUGGAUGUCAAAGCCUCUCAGGAUUCUUUAGAUGUGUCUCUGGAUGUUUAUCAGGGGGAUUCAACUGUUGUUCUGCCCUGCCAGAACAGCCAAUCAUCAGAAGGGAUUCUCACAGUGAAAUGGAGUCGCUUUGACCUCAACCCCAACACUGUCCAUCUACGGCGAGAAGGAGACGACCUACAAGCUCAAAAUGGACUUUUCAGUGGACGAACAUCAAUGAGGUCUGAUGCUGUAGAUGUUGGUGAUUUCAGUCUCACUCUGAGAGAACCUCAACUUUUAGACAGCGGUGUCUACAUCUGCAGUAUUCAUCAGGAGACAGAAGGAAAAAUGCUGUCAGGUAUUCGGCUGAAUGUCAAAGAGAUUUUUCCAACUUGGGCCAGAAUUUUCCUGGUUCUGUUGGUUCUACUUCUUGUUUCUGGAGGCCUUUUAUUUCAUUUCCGACAUUAUUUAAUAUCAGUCUACAGGGUGGAGGUGGAUUCAGGAGAGGAGUCUGUUCUGCUGCCAUUUAAAACUGCAGCCUGUCUGCCUAAAAAAGUCAUUGUGAAGUGGAGACACAACAAUGGCAGGAUGGUCCAUGCAUGUUACAGGAAGGUCUUUAUGUGUUCUGUAGAUUUUAAGAACUGGUCUGUUCAACACGAUCAAUAUAAAGACAGAACAAAGAUUGUGAAAGAAGGUAAAUUUGGAGACUUCAGUUUGAUCCUGAAGAAUCCAACAGACAGAGACACAGGAACCUACAGCUGCACCGUUUACGAUUACUGGUCAGAAAAAAUCCUGACCAUGAAACAGGUGCUGCUUGAUGUCAAAGCUGGACCUGACUCUCUCAUCAUAGCCAUAGACUUUGGUUCAGGAUUCAGUGGCUACGCCUUCAAUGUUAAACCCAGAGAGGAAGGAGGUGAGACCCAGAUAAAAAGAUGGAGUAAUGGACUUGGACUAGACACCCCAAAGACUCCAACCUGCAUCCUGUUUGAUGAACAUGAAGAAUUUAUGAAGUUUGGUUAUGAAGCUAAAACAGCAUUUACCAAUAUGAGAGGAGAAGCUGAGAAACAUUAUUUCUUUAAAAACUUCAAGUGGGAUGUCCUUAACAUGAGAUACUGGAGGAAGAUAAUCUCCACAGACAACAGGAAGUCAAUGUCGACCCUGGAGGUUUUUACAGAAGUUCUGAGAUUCCUGAAGGACGAUGCUCUGAAAACCAUCAGAUCUCAUCCAGAAAGUGGAAAGUUCACAGCUGAUGACUUCACCUGGGUGCUGACUGUUCCUGAACUCUUAAAGGAUUUUUGUAAAAAGUCCAUAAUAGAAGCUGCAACUCUGGCUGGUCUUGUAACAGACGACACUAAAGACAAACUGAUGUUUGUUUUGGAGUCAGAAGCAGCUUUGACCUGGUGUUUGAAGCUUCAAUCUGAUGGUUUCAUCAAACAGAACCACAGCAGAGACUCACAGGAUCAACCUGCAGGAGCAGCAGAACCUGAUACCAGCUGUAACGAUCCAGCAAGAAGUCAGGAGGCCGUACAGUUUACUGUGAAACCAGAAGAAACCAAAGUUCUGCUGGAGACCCAAAGAGACGGGAAACGGUACCUUGUUGUCGACUGUGGAGAUCCAGCAGGAAGUCAGGAGGCCGUACAGUUUACUGUGGAACCAGAAGAAACCAAAGUUCUGCUGGAGACCCAAAGAGACGGGAAACGGUACCUUGGGGUCGACUGUGGAGAUCCAGCAGGAAGUCAGGAGGCCGUACAGUUUACUGUGGAACCAGAAGAAGCCAAAGUUCUGCUGGAGACCCAAAGAGACGGGAAACGGUACCUUGUUGUCGACUGUGGAGAUGAAAAUAUUCACUUCACUGUUGAUGAAGUCCUGGAAGGAGGAGCCACGAAGAAGCUGCACAACGACUCUAAGGACAAUCUGGGAGGAAAACAUGUGGACAGAAAAUUCAAAGAGUCCCUGAGAGAAAUUUUCUCUAAUGAAGUCUGGAAUGUAUAUGAGGAAAAAUUCCCCAAUGAGGUUCAGAAGAUGAUGUAUGAUUUUAAUCGUCUCAAACAUUUAGGUGAAGAUGUUCAAAUCAGUUGCCCUUGUAACCUGGUCAUGUUGGCUCAGAAAAAGAAAAAGAAAGAGAUUAAAACGUUCUUUGGUUCAGUGGAAGGAGCUUCCUGGGAUGAUGGAUCUAUCAGAAUCUCCCGAGAAAAACUCAAAUCAUUCUAUGAUGAGAGUCUGCAGGAAAUCACCAAGAGACUAGGGGAAAUAUUAGACAAAAAUCUCAACAUUGGGUUUAUUGUGUUAGUGGGAGGAUUUGCUGAGAGCCAGAUUCUACGUCAGCACAUCACUGAUCAGUUUGAACCUCAGUAUAAAGUCCUGUGUCCUCUUAGACCCCAGGAAGCGAUCCUGAAAGGAGCCGUAGAGUUGGGGAGAAACCCAAAGUUGGUGGAGUCUAAGAGAAAACAUCCAGCUUGGUUCAAAUGUUUAUCAUGAGAUUUAAUUCUCCUGUUUUUUGUUCUGAAUAAUCCAGACAAUGUGUAUAGUUUGUUUUCUGUAUGUUUGUAAAACGUUUUCCAUGGUCCAUCUUUUUCAGUUUAGAACCAGAAACCAAUAAAUCAGUCUUGAAUUUGUAAACUGAAUUAAAAAUAAAAGUUAUUUUUUAUUUAA